AUGACGUGGUCCGGAAUUUCCAAAACGGUACCUAUUGAGAUACUGGAAGAAGAUGUAGUCACAUUUCUUGACCCACCUAAGGAGCUUAUCCCUCUUGACCCGGACACUUACAAUCCAGCUGCUUACCUCUGGAGUAAAAUUGAGGAUAUUCCAGAAGAAAGGCGUCUUAGAUUAUUGUCUUUGAUAAAACAACCUAGGCUAAUAUCAAGAGCUUGGGAGAUAGCUGGCAUGAGAUAUGAGGAUGCUAAGUUAGCAAAGAAAUGUGGGUCUGACUUGUUGUGUUGUGAAGAUGGUGAAGUUUGUAAGCUGGUAGAGGGCUGGAGUGGAGGGGUUAAGGGACGGCAGGAAGGCAGAAAAUGGAGAGAUGUGGUGAAGAAAUAG